AUGCCAGCCAAUCGUCGUACUCAUGUCGCGUACGAUCCACAGCAGCUGACUUUUUCUGGACGCAUCAACGCUCUCAUCGCUCUUGGUCGUAUUCCACUAGCCAGUGAAGUUCCGCUUUGGACAACAUUCGGGUGUAUACUAGCUGCCAGACUUUUCCCUUCCACCGGCGCAAAAGGUAUUACCAGUAUCGAUUGGUGGGUCGUCUUCCAGUGUGCCUUCACUACUUGGGCAACCAACGUAUCUAUCAAUUAUGGAAACGAGUUCUUCGAUUGGAAUUUGGAUAGACCGGGUCAAAUCGAAGCUAUAAAGAGAUCGGUAAAAGCUCGGAAAGAAGUUGUGGAGGAUGACAAGGAUGAUACGCAGAAAGAGGAGGAGAUACAGGAAUUUAACGAAAAGAUAAUGGGAAACACUACUCGGAUCAUACACGACGGCACUUUCCCUCCUUACACUGCUCUCAUCCUAGGUCUCGCUUGGCAAGCUGCUGUUGUCGGUCUCAUCUUCUAUUCGCGAUCAAAGGAUCCCUCAGUAUCCUAUACAACGGGUACUAGUCACGGCUCACCGUACCGCGGUUUUGCACUUCAAGUCGGAAUCAUUAGCUCCGUUUUAUCCCAGAUGUACGUCGGUCCCCCAAUACGUCUUCAUUAUCACGGCUUCGGCGAACUCAUCUCCGCACUCCUUCUUAAUCCCGUUGCCAUAUUAUUCGGCAUGACUGGUUACUACACCGCUACCACAGGUCAUUCCGUACAUAUAUCCGACCUGUUUACAACCUCGAAAAGCGGGUUCUCUCUUGGUUAUCUUUGGGUACUACUUGGUGCUAUGUACUGCUUUGAACAAGCACGGAUAUUCAUCAUGCACAUUCAAGAUAUAGAAGCGGAUAUUGCUGGAGGCAAAAUCACCUUUGUUGUUCGAGUAGGUCAUGCAGUUGCAGCAAGACUAUACGUAGCUUUCAAUUUGGCCGCUCUUCUCCUCUUCCGAGUCUUUACCCGUCUCUACCAUACACAUGGACUUAAAGCGAAUCAUCCGCAAUCAUUCUCUCGAGGUUGGAUUCAAGGUAUCACCGCAGUAAUGCUCUACUCAAUACCAAUCAUGAUCAUUACUGCCAAAUCGCUCUUCGCGAACAUUCCACCUGCUCGAGUGUCUAAGCCAACAAGUGGUUUCCUCCCCAGUCUUCCCUUGACUGCCCUGCCUAUGUUGGUGUCCCUUCAGGUCUUGCUCUCUCCCAUCGUGCUCACGAUAUUCACAUUGAUUCAUUGGUAA